AUGGGAAAUACAAGCACAAAAGAAUCGCGCAGCAGCGUUGGUGGCCAUCGUUCGCACCACUCGGCCGCUGCGGCCCAUGCCGAUUCUUCAGCCACCAAUGCAGACCGAUCGUCCAGCCGGAGGAACCGUGUCAGUAGGGCUGAUCUUGCCCUCUUGGGACUCGCGUCUACCGGAGGAGGCUCAAGCUCUCGUGCUGACGCCCCACAUGAGCGGCGUGAGACAAAGCAGGAAAGGGAGAUUCGCCGGCUGGAAAGGGAACGCCUUGCCAGGAUUGCCGAGAGGGAGCGAAGCAUGCGGGAGGAACAUGUGGACGGAGGGUACCUUGUCACCAUGGGCGUCUAUAACGGCCCGGAAGACUUUAACAAGCAGAUCGUCCGCCAACUUAUUAUCGAGCGGAAGCUAGCUCCCUUCUGGAGGGGUCUAAACGACUUCGACGAGCAGUGGACCGAGGCCCAGAUAGUCGCUGCCGCUCGGGGACUGCCCGUGCCGACUGCCGACGAGAUCCCUCCCGAAAAUCUCAUUCCACGACCCCCUCCUCCCCAACCAACGCAAUCUACCGCUUCGGAUACCCUGACCAUCCCAGAGACCCAGAGCCAGUCAGAAGUUUCCGAGCCAUCCAGCCCUACUUCACCAACAUCAAGACAGCCCCAGUCCGCAAGUGUUGCCCUGAAGCCGCGAGGGAAGGCCAUUGCCGCAGUCCUCGGCGGACACUCGAGGAAUGGGUCUACAAGCGAGAUCGCUCCUCGCGAAGUCCAGUUGCCUCACGAUCCCUUCGUCAAUGGACAGCCUAUCGAGGUGUUCUUGUACAAAAAUGCAGUUGAAUGCCCCAUCUGCUUCUUGUACUAUCCCCCGUAUCUGAAUCACACGCGGUGCUGCAACCAGCCUAUCUGCAGCGAAUGCUUCGUUCAAAUCAAGCGACCGGAUCCCCACUUCCCCGAUGGUCAUAACGAGAACGACCCGAAUCGCAACCCAGAGGAGGCGGCCGGUUUGUUGGUAUCGGAGCCUGCUUGCUGCCCCUACUGCACCCAGUCUGAUUUCGGCGUGACAUACGAGCCCCCGCCCUUCCGGCGCGGCCUUGUCUACAGCAUAUCCCCAACUGCGCUGGGCGCCACGAACGCUGCCAUGUCCUCGAGCAGCUCAGUGAACUCGACAGCAGUGGGGACUUCUGGCAGCGGCGCUGGUCGCCGGCGGAACCAGUCCCUCUCGGCUAGCGAUCCGAGCGUUAUCCUCACCGACAGAAUUCGCCCUGAAUGGGCGGCUAAGCUGCAGGCGGCCCGGGCUCAUCAGGCCCGGCGGGCUGCUGCGGCUACGGCCUUGCACGCAGCGGCGUUCUUGAUGGGUGGCUCGGAGAACAGGGCCUUCCGCUCACGGUUUGGACGGCGGAGUACCGCUGGGUCAGGAUCUGCCAGUGGUAGCGGGGCUAACGCUGAAGGAGACAAUGGAGAUCCUGUCCUUACUCUUGACACAACCAGAGGCCGCAUUUUUGCCUCCGGGAGCGACAAUCGUCGUAGUCGGCUUGAAGACCUGGAGGAGAUGAUGUUCAUGGAAGCUGUGCGUCUCUCCAUUGCUGCCGAAGAGGAACGCAAACGGAAGGCUGAGAAGGAGGCGAGGAAAGAGGCCAAGAAGAAAGAAAAGGAGGAGCGCAAGGCUGCCAAGGCGGCUGCAAAGCAGGCUGGACCUUACGAGGGCGCUGGCGGCCGCAGCGGCCAUAGUUCGGCCAGCGCUAGCAGCCUGAGCUUGUCUGGACUGGGCUUUGGAAGAAAGCGGGGCAAUAGCGCUGCCAGCAACCUCCGGGUCGAGGCCAGCAUCACCAGCGCCAUGGCAACGGGAGAGCCCUCCGCUUCCGACGGCAGCUCUUCCAGAGAUAAGGGUAAAGCCGUGGAACGCCCGCUGUCGGCUGGUGAAGGCAAUCUCCUUACACGCGAGCCGUCCAGCCCGGGCACCUCGACGAGUGCAGCCAGCCCUCGCGCUAUCCCGCAUCUUCCGGCCGGACCGUCCCAUCUGCGGCAGAUGAGCAAUGCCUCGUCGGUGUCGUCGUCCAUUUUUGAGAGCCAGCCGGGCAGCUUCAGCUCGCCCUCUAACCUCCAGGACCCUCAUGGAAGUGUCCCGAGUCUAGGGAGCCGGUCUGGUUCUAAUGAGGAUGCGGGUAACGAAGCCGAGCGCGACCGCGAUCCCAACGUUGGCACCGAGCCGGUGUUCAGCUUCAGGAACCUGGCUGAGGUGGUAGGAGUUGGUCUAGAUGAGGCCCGGGCUGAGGAGUUGCCCAGCAACACCCAGCAAACUGAGCAGUCCGAGACGACAGUUGCUGAGUCGCCUGUUCCUCCAACUGUUACAGUCACUCCCGAUACGUCUGCGACACCGAACCUUGACGAAGACUCUAAGCAAGUCGGAUUCGAGACGGCGGCGGAGCAACAGCCGCAGCAGUUCACACAGUGA